UUUUAUUGCUUCAUAUCAAGUCGUGGACAGUAACCUUUUUAUAUUUACAAAAAUGAAAUUCCCAAACAGGGUCACAGUAAUUGUUAUAUAUCAAUAAACAAGUUCCCAAACAGGGUCACAGUAAGUGUUAUAUAUCAAUAAACAAGUUCCCAAACAGUCACAGUAUUUGUUAUAUAUCAAUAAACAAGUUCCAAACAGGGUCGCUACUACAUACAUGUAAUGCAGGUGGUCUUAAAAGCUGGUUUUACAGAUUCAUUCCACACCUUGCACAUCAUAUUACAAUUUAUAUCUUUCAACAUGCACUAACACAAUUUAAAACCUUUUGUGCAUUGCAAAGAUUAAUGUCUUGAGAUAUUGAAAUGAGAAGACAGGUUCUUGACAGUACAGUUGCAUGUAUAUGUCUGUGUGUGUGUAAACUGUGGCUCUGACAGCCCAGCCCUAACACUUGAUGAAUGACUGAAGCGGGAAUUUCAGCCUGUUUUAUUGUGGGUCAGCAGAGUUGCGCCAAUCUGCUUCACAUUUGUGAGCUCUGUGGACACUACGGUUGCAGAUACCUUUCUGUGAAGUCGGGACACUUAAUCGCCACACUUGUGUCUGGAAUAGCUACUUCGUUUUCUCGGAUAAUUCGCUUGACACUUUACCUGAUUAAUUGUCCUUUUUGCUGUGACUUCUCUUCAGAAGGUGGGUAUGAUGUAAUACUGGAGAUGACACCCACUGCACCAAGAUGUCUUUAAAGGAGACUCAGAAUUUUGAGAAGAGCAGGAUAAAGUACCUGCAGGAUGAGAGAGUUUACAUACAGAAGAAGACGUUCACCAAAUGGGCCAAUGCUUUCCUUGAAAAGGCCCGUUUGGAGAUCAAGGAUCUGUUCACAGACCUGGGUGAUGGAAAGUUACUCAUGAAACUUCUGGAGAUUAUUUCGGGUGAAAACCUUGGAAAGCCGAACAAGGGUCUGCUCCGAGUACAGAAAGUUGAAAACCUCAACAAAUGUCUCAAGUUUUUGUCAACAAAGGUGUAUUUUGAGAACAUUGGAGCAGAAGAUAUUUUGGAUGGCAACCCGCGGUUAAUUCUUGGUCUCAUCUGGACAAUAAUUCUCCGUUUUCAGAUUCAGGAAAUCACAAUACAUGUGGAUGAAGAAGAAGAGAACAGUGAGAAGAAAUCAGCAAAAGAUGCAUUGUUACUGUGGUGCCAGCGCAAGACUGCAGGAUAUCCUGGUGUGGAUAUCAAAAACUUCACAACCAGCUGGAAGAAUGGGCUUGGGUUUAAUGCUUUAAUUCAUGCACACAGACCCGAUUUGAUUGACUAUGACAGUCUCAACCCCAGUGAGCAUGUGCCAAACCUGAACAAUGCCUUUGAUACUGCAAGGCAGCAGCUUGGCAUUGCAAAGAUUCUUGAUGCAGAAGAUAUUGAUGUCAACCGGCCAGAUGAGAAGUCCAUCAUCACAUAUGUUGCAUCAUACUACCACUACUUCGCCAAGAUGAAGAGUGAGAUGACUGGUGGAAAGAGAAUUGCCAAGAUCUUGGACAAACUGAGUAAGCUUGAAAAAAUGCAGAAGGACUAUGAGUCUCUGACCUCAAAUCUCUUGGAAUGGAUCCGACAGAAGAUCAUCACUCUGAAUGAUCGCCACCUGCCCAACUCUCUGGAAGGCAUACAGAAGGAACUCAUUGAAUUUAAAGAGUACAUGACAAAAGAGAAACCACCAAAGUAUCGUGAAAGAGGGAACAUUGAAGUGCAGUAUUUCAACAUCCAGGCCCAGCUGAAGGCAAAUGGUCAAAAGACGUACAUACCACCCGAGGGUCAGCUGAUCCAUGACAUUGAAACGAACUGGCUGCAUCUCGAAAAGGCAGAACAUGGCCGAGAGGUUGCACUAAGAGACGAAUUGAUCAGGCAGGAAAGACUAGAACAGUUAGCAAGACGAUUCAGUGGGAAGGCUGCCAUUCGUGAAUCCUGGCUCAAUGAUAUGGAGCAGAUUUUUGAGGAGAAGAUCUGGUGUAAAAAUGCAGCACAGACUGAGGCAGCUGUAAAGAAACAUGAAGCCAUCAGUGCUGAAAUUCUUGCCAGGAAAGACAGAUUUCAUGCUUUAAACAACCUUGCCAAUGAGUUAAUGCAGGGCAAUUUCCAUGCCAAAGAUCAAGUGAAAAACAGAGACCAAGAAAUUAUGAUCAGAUGGAAAAAACUGCUUGAUCAGCUUGAUGCUAGGAAGAGCACUUUGUCAGGCUUUCAUGAUCUGAUGGGAAUGUUCCGUGAGAUCGAAAGUAUUCGAGAGGAACUCAAGGAAGUUGAGGGCAAGCUGCAAGUGGGUGACACUGGGAAACACCUACAGGCCACUGAGGACUAUCUCCAGCAGCACAGUCUCCAGGAGACCCAGCUUGAGGCCCUCUCGAAGCGAGUGCGUCAGCUCAACCGCCGCUCCAAGGGCAACAGCCAGGACACACACCACCCAGACAACAAGCUGGUGGAGCUGAACCAAGAGCUGCAAAAAGUCCAAAAUCUAUGUGAUGUUCGUAAAAAGAACCUUGAAAUUGCAAAAGCUUACUACCAGUUCAUGCAGGACUCUGAAGAAGAGGAGAGAUGGGUGGCAGAGAGGAUUAAUCAAGCUAAAUCCACAGCUACUGGCAAAGAUCUCAGUGCUGGACUUAAGCUACUUAAAAAACAUGAGGCCAUGGAAGCUGAAAUGCAUGGCCGUUGGCCUCGGUGUGAACAGAUCUGUGCUGUGGGUCAAGACCUUGUGAAUGGUGGUCAUGAAGCCAGGUCAGAGAUUGGCCAGCGCAUCAAAAGUCUAAUGGACAAAUGGAAACGUCUGCCAGAAUUGGCCAAAACCAGGAGGACGCUCCUUGAAGAUGCACUGGAAGCUCAGCAGUAUUAUGCCGAUGCUGAUGAAGCCGAGUCCUGGAUGAGGGAGAAGAUGCCGUUGGUCUGUAGCGAUGACUAUGGAAAAGAUGAGGCUAGUUCACAGGCUUUGCUAACCAGGCAUAAUAGACUAGUGAAAGAUAUCAAGUCAUUCAGCACUGAAAUCAAGCGGUUAGAAGACUUGGCUGUACUCAUGACCAAAGCUGCAAGCGAGCAUAAUAUUUCUCUAGAAAAAUUUAGACCUGUAGAGAAUGGAGAAAAGUCUGACGAGGAAGAAUUCAUUGAGGAACUUGUUGAUGUUCCUCGUGAGAUUGAAGUGGAGGAGAUUCGUCAGCGUGAAGUUCCCCAGGAUGUGGUCGAGACUCGCAAAAUACCUCAAGUCAAAGCUAUGUACAGCUACAAAGGUCAAGACCUCAAAGUCAGCAAAGGAGAGGUUUUGAUCUUACUGGAACAGACAAACUCAGACUGGUGGCAAGUGAGAAAAAGUGAUGGCACUGAGGGAUUUGUUCCUGCCAACUAUGUCAAGGAAGUCGAUCCCAAGAUCAUUCAGAAGGUUAUCAAACGGCCUGUGAUGGUUCCAGAAAGAGUGAUCGUGAAAAAGACUGUCAUGAAGAAAGAAGUUGUUCGUAGGAAAAAGGAUAUUUCAGCCAAAGUGAGAAGAGCACCAUCAGUGAGAUCAAAGGCAAAUCUUCACUUUGAUAAGGACAAUGUUGAAACACGACAGAGAGGCAUCACUGUCUUGUACAACAAGCUGGUCAAGUUGGCUCAGAGUCGCAAAAUAAGCCUUGAAGAUGCUAUCAAGUUAUUUUCCUUCUACCGUGAAUGUGAAGAAUUUGAAAUUUGGAUGAAAGACAAGGAACAAGGUUUGAUGAGCAGAGAAAGCAUGGCUGACAACAUGAUAGCAAUAAGGAAGAAAUUUGAGAACUUGCUGACAAGUCUUGCUGCAAACAAAGGCCGUCUGGAUAAUAUUAACAAAUUGGCAGAUGACAUCAUGAAAUCAGGAAGUAGCCAGCACAGAGAAGUUAAGAUUCGCCAAAAAGAGAUCAACAAUAGAUGGGACCAUUUAAACAAGCUGAAAAUGCAAAAAGAACAAUCACUAGAAGGAGCCUCAAGUAUUGACAUGUUUAAGUCAACGUGCGACGAGCUGGCUGAAUGGAUUCGGGACAAAAACAAUGCCCUCUCAAGUGAUGACCUUGGCAAUGAUCUCAAGGGGAUUCAAGCCUUACAGCGCAAACAUGCUAACUUUGAAAGAGAACUUGUUCCAAUGGAGGAGAAAAUGAAGAGGAUGAAAUAUCUUGCAGAUUCUGUGAGAAAUGGUUACCCAACAGAAGUUGGAUAUGUUGACCAAAGACAGGGGGAACUGGACAAGCAUUGGAAGGCACUGCAGGAUAAAGCUAAUGCCAGGAAGAACCAAUUGAAAGAUGCUCAGAACCAGCAGCAGUUUGGAGAUGAAGCCAAAGAUUUGUUGACAUGGGCAGGAUCUUUGAGAGCAAGGCUAAUGAGUGCCGAAUUACCCCAUGACAUACAGAGUGCCGAACAAAUGCUUAAAGAACAUGAUGAUCUUGGCACUGACAUAAAAGCCCACAAAGACAAAUUUGACAAGCUAAAAGCACUUGCACAUGAAAUUCUUGCUAAAAAUCCUAAUGCUCAGGAUGUCAAAGACAAACUAAAGAAGUUGCAAGAUGAAGAAAAUGCCAUCAAUGAGUUGUACAAACAGAGACAAAAACAACUACAGGAUGCCUACAACCAACAGGUGUUCAACAAAGAAGCAGAUACAAUUGAUGCAGUAACAAGUAGUCAUGAGGCUUUUCUGGACUUUAAUGACCUUGGAAGCACAGUGGAUGAUGUGGAAAGUUUGCUUCGGCGCCAUGUAGACUUCCAGGGCAAGCUGCAGGCUCAGGAGGACAAGAUCAGUGGGCUGAAUGACCUUGCUGACAAACUGAUAUCAGAAAAACACCCAGGCAGUGACAACAUUGACAAACGGCGAAAGCAAGUAGUAAGUCGAAGAAAGAAGGUCAAAGACAAGGCAGCUGAGCGCAACAAGGCUCUGUUAGAAUCACUCGCCUUCCAGGAGUUCAACAGAGAUGCAGAAGAGCUUUCUGACUGGAUGAAGGAAAAAGAAAAGACUGCCACGGAUGAAUCGUACAGGGAUUUGAGUAAUUUGCCAGCCAAGCUACAAAAACAUCAAGUCUUCGAGACAGAGCUCAAAUCACACAAUGAUGUACUGCAGGGCUUGAAUAAGCUUGGUGAUCGCCUUAUUGCUGACAAGCACUAUGCCUCUCCAGAAAUAAAAGAAGUGAAAGAAAAGUUGAAUCGAGAAUGGGUAGACCUGAAUGAGAAGGCUGCUGACAAAGGGAAGAAACUUCACGAUGCUUCAAAACAACAAAUGCUCAACAGGGCUCUUGAAGAUGCUCAGACAAAACUUGAUGAAAUGGAAAAGUCUGUUGCCAAUCAAGAUAUAGGAUCUGAUCUGCGUGGAGUGAAAACAUUGCUCAAGAAACACCAGACUCUAGAGAAUGACUUGGACAUUUUGUCAGAAACAAUUCAGACAAUUGUUGCACAGGGCAAGGAGAUGGCAAGUGCUGGUCACUUCAACUCUGCUGGAAUUAUAAAGGCUGUUGAUGCUUUCAAUACCAGGUUUGAGAAACUGAAGCCAGCUGUUGCUUCUAGAAAACAGAAAUUACAGGAAUCUCUCCAGAUGCACCAGUUUGUGUUUGAUGCUGAUAAUGAGCUGCAGUGGAUCAAAGAACAUGUCCCAUCUGCCUCAUCAACAGACCUUGGAAAAAACCUUGUAGAUGCUCAAAAAUUACACAAGAAACACCAGGAUCAUGACCGUGUGGUGCAAGGUCAUCAACCCAAUAUUGAGAAGGUUCUAGCUACAGGAGAUGGUCUGAUCAAUGAAAAACAUGUUGCCUCCAAGACAAUCAAGGACAAGUGUCAGGAGCUACAGUUGUCUUGGGAUGAUCUGCUAAAGAAGGUCAAGCUGAGGAAGAAGAAUCUGGACAUCUCACUACAAACACAGAAGUAUCUGUCCGAAGUGGCAGAAGUUGAAGCAUGGAUUAACGACAAGACAUUACUUGCUUCAAGUACAGACUAUGGAAAAGAUGAAAAUUCUGCUGACAAAAUGCUGGCCAAAAAUAAGGUUUUGGAGACAGACAUUCAGACAUAUUCUGUAAUCGUGGCCAGUCUAGGCAAGGAGUCUAAUCGACUGUUCAAACUUGGCUCUGCAGAUCCAUCAUUACUCAAAAAAGCUCAGGAUCAACUUCAGGAUAAUUUGAAUGCCUUAAAACGACGAGCAGCUGAAAGAAGUCGAAACCUCGAGCGGUCCAAACGUCUCCAUGCUUACAUGCGUGAAAGUGAGGAAUUUGAAGAAUGGAUAACUGAACAGAUGCAGACAGCAAACUCUGAGGAAUAUGGACUGGAUUUUGAACAUGUUCAGAUUUUGAAGAACAAAUUUGAUGAGUUCAAGCGGACAGUAGAGGCUGGAUCGGAACGCUACAACCGCUGUGAGCGGAUGGCGAAAACACUUCUGGAAGACAAGGGGUCUCACACCAUUGAAGUGCAGCUCAGACAACAAGAACUUAGGGAUGCCUGGAAUACACUCUUGGAACAGAUAGAGGCAAGAGAACAAAAACUUACUGGUGCUGAAGAAAUUCAUCGCUUCAACAAGGAUGUUGAAGAUGCCUUAUCGAGGAUUCAGGAGAAGUAUUCCAGCAUUCCUGAUGAUCUGGGCCGAGAUUACAACUCUACUUUAAUGUAUCUCAAAAAGCAUGAGGCAUUUGAAAAUGAGCUUGUAGCUCUUGAAGCACAGCUGCAAGUGUUGGUUGAUGACUCUGGCCGUCUGCAGGAAACCUACCCUGGAGACAAUGCUGAGCAGAUUUCUCAGCUACAGAAUGCUGUGGUUGACCAGUGGGGGGAACUACAGCAGCGUACUGAGCAAAGAAAGGAGCAGCUUCUGGCGGCGGCAGAACUUCACAAGUUUAGUGCUGCUGUUAGAGAUCUGUUGGGUUGGGCGAAGGAGACGGAGCGAGAGAUGAUGGCAGAAAAGCCCGUUCGGGAUGUGCAGGCUGCUGAUUUACUGUGCAAGCGACACGAGGAGAUCCGAGCGGAAAUAGAAGCAAGAGACAGCUCCUUUGAGACUGUCAUUCAAACAGGAACUGCCUUGAUCGAAGCAGAUCAUUAUGCAAAGAAUGAGAUCAAAGACAAAGUUCAGACUGUGAGAGAUCAAAGAGACAAGCUCAUCUUCAUGUGGAAAGAAAGAAAAGAUUUCUAUGAACAAAUUUAUGAUGUCCAGAUCUUCUUCCGAGAUGCUGAGCAGUUGAAUACCAUGAGCUCUUCACAAGAGGUCUAUCUUACCGGACAAGACUUUGGGGACAAUGUUGAACACAUAGAAGCUUUGAUGCGUAAACAUGAAGCCUUUGAAAAGGUGCUUGAGGCUCAGGAUGAAAAGUUAACAUCUCUCUGUGACCAUGGCAAACAGCUGAUCAAUGAUAAGCAUAUUGAAGCUGAAAAAGUACAGAAAACAAUGACUGCUGUUAAAAACAGACGUGCACAAGUCAAGGACCGCAGUAAAGUGAAAAAACAGCAGCUUUCUGAUGCUCUUCUUUAUGCUCAGUUUAAACGAGACAGAAUUGAGGUUGAAGGAUGGAUAGAUGACAAGUUGAAAAUUGCAUAUGAAGAUGACUUCCAGGAUGUCACUGAUCUUAUUGACAAGAUGAAGAAACUCCAGAAACACCAGGCCUUUGAGGCAGAGAUUGUAGCCAACACAGACAGGAUCAAACAAAUCAAAGAGGUUGGUGACUUGCUGAUUAAGAAGAAACAUCCAGCACAGAAGGAAAUCCAGCAGAACACUGAGCGUCUCAUGAACAAAUGGAACGAACUCCUGCAAGCAUCGGCUAACCGAGGUCGCGGUCUUGGUGAAGCUCGUGAUAUCCUCGAGUUCAAUGAACAAGCUGACAAAGUUGAGAUGUGGAUGAGAGAAAAGGAAACUUUGAUCAGCCAAGGUGAUUUGGGCAAGGAUUAUGAACAUUGUUUGGAGCUGCAGAAAAAGGUUAAUGAUCAGGAGUCUGCUGGAAUUACAGUUGAUGAGAAACGUAUCAAGGCAAUCAAUGACCUGGCCGAUCGACUUGUCUCUCAAGGCAGGACAGAUACUCAGGCUGUCAAGAAGAAGAGAGAAGACAUGAACCACAAAUGGAAAAACCUUCAGGGAGAUCUUAACAGCUACAAAGGCAAACUUGCAGCUGCUCUAGAGUUGCAUGCUUUCAACCGUGAUGUUGAUGAUUUUAACGACCGUGUUCAUGAGAAGUCAGCCUUGUUGUCUGUCCAGGACCUUGGCAAGGAUCUCGCAGGAGUCCAGGCUCUGCAGCGUAAACAGGAAGACAUUGAGAGAGACAUGUCAGCCCUGCAGAAUCAGCUUGAGAAAAUUGAAACAACAGCUGCUAAGCUGGUGCACAAGAAUCGUGACAUGGCUGAUUCAAUUGACAAAAAGAAGCAAGAAGCUGAGGAUAACUGGGAGAAAUUAGAAGACUUGUCCGACAUCAGAAAAACAAAACUUGCUGAGUCAUACCAACUACAGAAGUUCCUUUCUGAUGCUAGAGAAUUGAUUACAUGGUCAAAUGAGAUGAUUAGCCGAAUGAACUCUGGGGAUUUGGCAAAGGAUGUGACAGAAGCUGAAAACUUCCUUCAGAUGCACCAUGAAAGAAAGGCCGAAAUUGAUGGGCGUAAAGCACAUUUUUCUGCAGUUCGAGAGCAUGGUAUGAAUCUAGUGAACAGCAAGCACUAUGGCAUGGAAGAGGUGCAAAAAACAAUGAAACAGUUGGAUACAACUAGACUAACUCUGAAUGGGGCCUGGGACAAACGGAACCGUCUACUUACACAGUGCCAUGAUUUGCAGGUGUUCAAAGAAACUGCCGAACAAAAUGAGACAUGGCUGGGUACCAAAGAAGCCUUUCUGGCAAAUGAAGACCUUGGGAACACACUGUAUAGUGUUGAAAGCCUGAUCAAGAAGCACGAUGGCUUUGAGAAGACAGUGAAGGCUCAAGAGGAACGCAUUGACGACCUGAAGCAGUUUGCACAGGACCUUUGUGACCAGGAGCACUAUGCUGCCGAUGAGAUAAGGACCUGCUGUCAGAAGGUUCUCACUCGGUGUAGCAAGAUGUGGGAGGUUUCUCACGCCAGGCGCAAGAAACUUGAGGAUUCCAAGAACUAUCAGCUUUUCCUUAGAAAGAUAUACGAGGUUUCAGGCUGGAUAAAUGAAAAACUCCAGGUAGCUUUGGAUGAGUCGUAUCGUGAUCCAACGAACUUACAGGCAAAGUUACAGAAACAUCAAGCAUUUGAAGCAGAACUCAUUGCUAAUAGGAAUCGAGUGGAUGCUGUGGUGCUGGAAGGCCAGGGUUUGUUGGAUGAGAAGCACUAUGCCAGUGCUGACAUCAAGAAGAGACUGGAGGAGGUGGAGUUGAGCUGGCAGGCUCUGAUUGCCGCGAGUGCUGAGAAAAAAGAUCGUCUUCAAGACGCAUACCAGGGCCAGCUGUUCAAUCGUGUUGUCGACGACCUCACAGAGUGGAUGGAUGAUGUGGAGAACCAGCUCAGUUCAGAGGAUCAUGGGAAAGAUCUGACAUCUGUCAACAGCCUUGUGAAGAAACAUCAGCAACUGGAGCAAGACAUUCAGAAUCACCAAGACAAAGUACAAGAUGUUCUUGAUGCAGCAGCUGUAUUUAGGGAAUCGAAGCACUUCCUCAACAAAGAGCUACAGGCAAGAGCGAGGGCAGUAUCAGAAAGGUACAGCUCACUAUCUGAACCAUGUAAGAUUCGAAGAGAGAAUCUCGAAGAAGCUCUCCAAAUGUACCAGUUCUUCAGGGAUAUUGAAGACGAGUUAUCAUGGAUACAAGAUAAACGCCCAACUGCAGAGUCUACAGAUCUUGGGAGCUCACUAACAGCAGUACAGAAUCUUAGUAAAAAACAUCAAGCUCUAGAAUCGGAGAUUGUUGCACAUGAGCCACUGAUUGAUUCGGUUGCGAAUGCUGCUCAGCAGAUGAUUCGUAACAAGCACUUCGCUUCACAGGACAUACAGGUCCGUCUGGAUGAGCUGCACAAACAGCUGCAGUCUCUCAAGAUGGCCACUUCCACCAGGAAGAUCAAACUACAGGAUGCACUGGAGGCUCAGAAGUUUUACACAGAAGCGGCAGAAGCUGAGUCUUGGAUGAGAGAGAAGAUUCCACAGUUAACCAGUUCUGACCUUGGUCGAGAUGAGGACUCUGUUCUGGCUCUGACCAAGAAGCUUGAUGCCUUGGAGAGAGAUAUCGACAAUUUCAGCAACAACAUUGGGGAAUUAUCUGCCCUUAGCCGAGGUCUGACUGAUAGAGAUCACUAUGACAGUGAUAACAUCAAGAAAAAGCAGGCUGAAAUUGAGACUCAGUAUAGUCAGCUGCAAGACUGGACCAACCAGAGGAGAAGUAAACUGACUGACAGUAAGAAGCUGUUUGAAUUCAACCAUGAAGUGGAUGAGGUCAUUAACUGGAUUACAGACAAAGGAAUUAUUGCAGGAUCUGAGGACUAUGGACAAGAUCUUGAACAUGUUGAGAUCUUGCAACAAAGAUUUGAAGAUUUCCACCAUGAUCUAACAUCCAAUGAGGAUCGUGUAGAAAGUGUUCUUGCAAAGGCUGAUAAUAUGCUGUCCACAAAUCAUUUUGAGUCUGAAAAGAUUCAGCAGCAAGCUAAUGAAAUCAAGCAGAUGUGGGCAGAUUUGAAAGAAGUAGCUGAGGCUAGGAGAGAUGCUCUUGCUGGUGCUAAGGAGGUGCACAUGUAUGGGCGCGAUGCCGACGACACACUGGAGUGGAUCCAGGAGAAAGAUGGUAUUAUCAGCAGUGACGACUACGGUCAUGAUCUGGAGAGCUGUCAGUCACUACUCAGCCGUCACGAUGGACUUGAGAGAGACCUUGCAGCUAUUAGUGAGCAGGUUGAAACCAUCACAAAGGAGGCAGAACGUUUGAUUGGAUUGUUCCCAGAUGCCCAGGAACACAUAGCAGCCAAGCACGAGGAAAUGGUGCAAUCGUGGAACAAUCUUGUAGAGAAGUCGACCAAGCGUAAAGAGAAGCUACAGCAGGCCGAACAACUCCAGAUGUACUUCAAUGACUACAGAGAACUUACGGCAUGGAUCAGCGAAAUGAUGGCAAUAAUCACCUCUGAUGACCUAGCUAAGGAUUUGCCUGCAGCUGAGGCUAUGAUCGUUCGUUACAAAGAACACAAGGCUGAAAUUGAUAGUCGUCAAGAAGCAUUUACAAAGUUCAAGGACACUGGACAGUAUCUCAUUAACAAUGGUCACUUUCUUUCAGAAGAGAUUGCUGAAAAAAUUCACAACCUGCAUGAAUCUCGUGAUGGUUUGGAAAGGACAUUAGCACAUCGUAGGAAAUUACAUGAACAGAAUCUCGAAGCUCAACAACUGAAGCAUGAGAUGGAACAAGUGGAGGCUUGGAUUCAUCUGCGUGAACCGCUUCUCAAAGAGAAGAACUAUGGUCAGUCAAUCGAAACUGUCGAAGAAUUAUUGCGACGACAUGCAGACUUUGAAAAAACUGUCGAUGCACAAGAAGAGAAGGUUCAGGCACUUCGUAGGCUUACUGAGGUUGAGAAAGCUUUUGCAGACCAACAUCUUUUGGAUCAGCAGAUUCUAGUUCAGGAUGAAGUUCGCCGAGAGAAAGAUCGUGUUGAUGAACUUCGACGGAAAGAACAAGACAGAAUCCUUGAGCCAGAAAGGCUAAUGGAGCGACGACGUGAAGAAGAUCAGAGAAAAGCUCGGGAAGUUCUUCUUCGCCGCCAGAACCAAGGUGAAGAUGAUGAAGAUGAAAGGACUGAAGAGAAGCAAUUGGACAAAAAUGUGGUGAAAAAUCUCAUUGUUGGUCGAUCUCAAAGCAUAAAGAUGGUUGCCCGUCCUGAUAACCAGCGUGACGUCCGCAGAGCCAUCAGCUUUAAGCAGAAAGGUGACCAGCCUCUGUCCCCAGUCACUCUGCAGAAAGCCAUGGAGUUCAAACAGGCUGAACAUCCCGCCAAUGAGGAAGAAACUUCAGAGCAGAACGUGAGCGAGCCCGAACCCGAGGAAGAGACUGAGGCACCGUGUCUUCCCAAUGCUCCCCCACCACUGGUGAUGCAGCAGUCGGAGGAACGUGUCGACGAUGAGCACCCUCUCCACUCACCAACCCUCACAAAGAAAGAAACUCUAUCUAUGUCUCCUCCUAUUAGUCCAAAACAGAAAAGAUUUGAAUCUGUGAAAGAUUCAGAAAAGAAAUCUAAACGGACUGCAAGUUUUAACAUUAGACGCAGAACAAGAAGUUUCAAGGACAAAUACAAGAUAAACACAUCCGAUUUGCCUCCUUCAGAAAUGGAGGGUUUCUUGGAAAGGAAACAGGAACUUCAAACAGGUGGAAAAAAAGCAGCUAUACGCAAUUGGAAAAACUUCUUUACAGUGUUGUUUGGACAGUUAUUGUGUUUUUUCAAAGACAGAGAAGCACAUGCAGAAAGCCAAGCUGCAGCACCCCCUCUUAAUAUUCAUAAAGCCAUUUGUGAAAUUGCUACGGACUACACGAAAAAGAAAAAUGUACUGCGUCUGCGCCUCCAUGAUGGAGCUGAGUUCUUGUUGGAAGCCAGCAGUACAGAAGAGAUGAAUGAAUGGCUGAAAAAGAUUGUGUACUAUGCAGAACAUGAACCCAUGCCAACAAAAUGGGAAUUUUAUCAUAGUAGCAUUGAUACUGAGGAGGGAGGCGACGAAGGCUUGGAACCCUCAGAUCAGUUCACUCCAUAUUGUGGGACUGACAGUCCCAAUAGGGAACAAAGUCCUGCUCCAACAAAUAGGCAGGAGCCCCGUGCUGAUCACUCAAUGGCUGAGGGUGCAUCCCACCAACAGCAGAUGCCUGCUGUGCAGCAGUCCCAGUCCCAUCGAGUCACCGAGGCAGGAGACAUGGAUCAUGGAAUGAAUAAUGAGCAAGGUCACAUACGCACUGAUAGUGGUGCUAGCCACGGUUCAUACCAAGGUGUUGAUCAUACGCGUUCAGCCAGUGCAAUCAGCAAUCCUUCCAGUCAUUCAGAUGAUGAUGUGGAUGCUGGUUUUGGGUCAGGUGGAGUGCACAUGUCCACAGAAGGAAGAUUUGAAACAACUGAGCAUGGCCAAUUUCAAGAUGAUGACGAUGAUAGUCCACGCUAUCGUCAGAAACCCACAGAGAUGGGUCAGCCAGGAACCCGCCCAAUGUCUGAGCCAGUCUCAUAUGGGGAAGAGACCCAUUCUGAGAAGGAGAAACGGAAAAGCCAUGGUGUCUUUGGAUUCCUGAAGAAGAAAAAGGACAAAGACCACAAGGAGCAUAAAGAACAUAAGGAGCACAAGUCCCACAAAGAACACAAGAAAGACAGAGUUUAGAAUUGUCACUGGGUGGUGAUUUAUGAAAUAUUAAUAUACCUCAACUGAAUAUUCUGAAUUUUAAAACAUCAAUGAAAUUCCAGGUUGAUGUUGUAUGUAAUAUUACAUAAGGAACAUAAAGAACAUUAAAAAAAAAACCCCAGUGUAGAACUAUUUUUGGAUUAAGAUGUGACAACUGAAUAUGGAGAAUAAUGUUUAGAAAAGAGAAAUCCUUGUAAAUCCUUGUUGGUGCUGUCAGACUUGUCAGAAUGAAAAGCACUGACAUGCCAUUUCAUUUGUUUGUUACAUGGUUAUUAGUAAUAAGUGCUAUUUUACAUUGCAGUGAGGCAGCUACUUUAUGAAAUACUUGUUGUAAAUGGUAGUAUACACCCAGCACACAAGUGCUGCGAAUCAUGUGUGUAAUUUGUUACAUGAAGAUUCACUUUGGCAUAGAUGGGUGAAAAGCUGUAUGAAUAUUUUGAUUUGAAACACAGAUGUAACACACGUUACGUGACCUUUACAAUCAGUGGUGUGUUGAGGUGGGUGGGAACUCACAAAUCAGUUUGGACUGGUUUUCAUCAUUUCACUUAGACACAAAAGCCAUUCUGGUGACCAAUCAGCCUCCUGAACAUGUCUCAUGUGUAUUGGCAUGGGUACUUGCAUAACUCACAAAGUUAAACACAUGUUCCACCCUUUACAUGUCAGAAGCAAUAACAUGAACUAUGUUUAAGUUACCACAUAAACGUACGAGUGGUAUGCAUGGUUAUAGCUCAUUUUUGUUGUUUUGAUUGAUGGCCGAUAGUCCCACAUUUGACAGCAAGAGGUGCUAGUCCCACAUUUGACAGCAAGAGGUGCUGUCUGCUGUCAAUCAAAACAUUGAAAGUGGGCAAUAACCAUGCAUACCAUGAGUAAUUGUAAGCAGUAACUGACCUGUAAGUGACUUUGCAUGAUGCAAUAAGGAAGUUUAGCUCAGUGGGGUUUAAAAAGUGCAGUUAUACAGAUUUACUGCAUACUUUUGUCAGUGGGAAAACAACUGAAGUGUGGUUAGAGUAAGAGCAACUCGAUAAUUACUUAUUGCAAUGUAGAAGAAUGCCCAAAACUGAACAUAAAAGUAACACCUCUAGCUGCAUAUAUCCCACAUUUUGUGCCUUCGGUGUUCAUUUGCAAACUUACUUCUUCCUGCAACAACUUAUACAGAUGUAUUUAAUGUUUUUUCAACUUGUACAUAAACUUCAGAUUUAAGUCUGUGUGUUAAGGACAUGGUAUGGUGUAUACUCAGGAUCAUAAAGAGUGCAUCAAUUUAACUGUUCUACAUAAUACUAUGUAUCUAGCUAAUUACACAGUGCUACAUGCUAACAACAUUGUAUAACAGAAUUAACAGUAACAAGUCACUGAUGCUGAUCAUAAUUUUUCUCUCAUUUCAUGUUGUCACCCACUGAAUUCAUAUAGAGGACUAGAGCCAGUAUUAUAAUAAUGGCGGUUAUUAUUACUGACAUUGUGUGGGUCACAUAUCUGAUAAGUUACAUGUAAUGUAGGAUCAUAGAUGUAGUGGUGUAGAUUCAUUAGCAUUAGCUGCUUUAGCUUAAGUUAUUCAGUCACAGAGAAAUUAUGGAACUUGAGGAUGAAUUAAGCUGUGCAUUUGGUGUGCACAAUUAAUUAUGUUGCCUGAUCAUUAAUUUAAAGCUUAAAAUUGACACUUGUUUAUUGUAUUGUACACUCAUUUUGAGUAAACGUUUGUUAUGAUAUUUUGUACAAAGAUCUGAAAAAAAUGGUUGUGCGGUUCAUGAACAAAUGUUUUAUCUUGCUGUUAUGAUAAUAUGCCUUAAAGAACACAUCUAAAUCAUCUUUACUUGUGUAUGAUAUAUAGCCUUAAUCCAUUUGUGUGUUUUGUAAAACUUCAUGAUAGUUUAGGCCAAAUAUUAAAAUUAAAGUCUUCUUUUGAUUCUGAGGUAAAACAAUAAUUUAUUGGUUAUAAACAACAAAGGAUUGAGUAUGUUUUCCAACUUCAUGUGUAAAGUGUUAACAUGUCAACUUAGUUUGUUUUCUAUUGGUUAAUGUACAUCUAAAAGCAAUAAAUGUUUGUGAUUCAUAACCGAUGAAAAACGAAUUUUAAAUGAUUAAACAGAUAAAUAGUGAGUGAGUGAGUGAGUGAUAAGAUUCAGGGACAAAUUAUGUCUAGGAUUAGCAACAUUUCAAUAGACUUUUGUUCCAUUUGUUUGUCAUCAUUCUGCAGACACACGCACACGCGCACACACACACACAUCAAUAUUGAGUGAUAUGUGUUCCAUACCCAGGACAAAAUUGGCAUACAUAUCUGUAUUCCUAAAAAACCCUCAAUUUCAGGCUCUUAAUUAUAGUCUUCUCAAGUGAUGACCAUAGGUUGAAAGCCUCGAAGCAAAUGUCCGUUAAAAAUGCAAAACAAAUAUAUUGCUGCUGUAAAAUGUCUCUAACUGUAAACAAUGGAACCAGUAAUAUAUGAACUUAGAAGCAAUAAUUUAGUGUACCAGACUUCUAUAGAAUUUCUAAAUUUAAUGGGCAUUGUAAAGUUGUCUCCAGAUGGUUGUUGAAAUUUGUUAUAGUUCUAUAAAUAUAUUUGUUGUAGGUCUGUAAAUAUAUUAUCACAGAUAUAUAGAUAUAUAUGUUAAUGUAUUCUAAAUUCUAAUGAGCUGUUACCAAACCAUGACCAUUUACUGAAAACCAGUGGUGUCAUUUUCUUUCACCAAGGACCAAUGGUAUCUUUUUCUUCCAUGUGGUGUGUUUAUGAAAUACGGUUGUGUGCUUUCUCCGAGACUGGAGACAUACCGAUUUGUUACCAUUUUGUCCGUCCAAACAUUUGUCAGCAGCACAUAACAUCAAAAACAUUUAUAAAUUUAGAACUUCUUUUACACUAACUUUAAAAUUAUGCAAUUGUCUAAUGGACUGAUAAUUUUAUUUUGGAUAAUUGAUAUGGAAUAUGAUUUUGUUACAGAAAGUUUACAGUCUGAGUAUUGAAUCUUUGAAGUUUUUUUCAUACUGAAAAUAACUUAGGUAUUUGUUUAUAAAAAAUAAUAAGGUUGGUAUAUCCCAUCAACUCACUUUUACUAGCAAUUUAGAGCAAAAACUGAGGUAUAUCCUUGCAAAAGGCCGAUUAAAUCAGUUUAUAUCACGAUCAAAGCACAAUAUGAAUGAUCAAAGGAUAUUUGUCUGAGCAUUUUUUCAGUGUUCUAAUAUUUUCAAACUUUUAUUUGUUAUGUUGUCUUCAGUCUUAUGAAAGAUGUUGUUAAUUUUUUUCACUUUUAAUUUCCUAAAGUAAUGUGAAAUGGUUGCACAAUACGUUACAUUAUAUUUAUGGCUCAACGUAAGGAUUAGAAUUCACUGAUCCUCUCUUUUAUUUUGUUGGGACACACUCCAGUUUGAAUAUAAUUGUAUUGUCUGUGACUGCAUAGCUUGUUUGACACCACAUGUCAUUUGUUAAUAUAUUCAUAUACGUGUUAAAUUUAUACUUCUGCAUAAUCUGAUAUAAUCAUCACAAUUUUGUUAGCCAGUUACUGUGGUAUGGUCUACUUCUGUUGGGAUUUUGUGAUGUGGUUACAUCUUAACUGGGACUCUAUCCAUGAUUGUUUUUUACUGUAUGUGAGAGAGUUUUGCUAAUACAUGUAUUGAGUUUUGUUAUCUUGAACAAAUUUUGAGCUCAUAAUUUAUAACUAUAUAUUUUUGCCUUAUUGAGUAAUGUUAUACUCACUAAUAAAAUAAUAACACCAGUAUUUAGAUUUCUCUCAAACCUUCCAAAAGGGCACCUUGAGACACCCAAAAAUCAAGAUUAAUACUAAGAUGUCAUUACAAUACCUGUUAGUGAUCAUAGUAGUGGUUAAAUCACCAGUAAUUCGGUUUCAUUAAUUUUCAUAUAUUUUGUAGAGAUGUUAAGAAAGAGUACAUGACACUGUAUCAAUUGGCAAUUACCUUGUUUAUUGGUUAAUUUGUUUGUGUUAUCAUAUGCUUAAUUGGUUGGUGUGUUCCGCAGAAUUUAUACCCGAUUGCCUCAUCAUUUGUGACAACCGUCAGUAAGAACCAUUCCAGACUUCCUUCCAUGAUAGACCAGUGUUCUUCCACACAAAGCAUGCAGUAUCGUUUUGUAUUUAAAUGCUAUAUAUUGCUGUUGUAUUAUUACUGGAAUGAAAAAUUGAGACGGUUUGGCAUUAUAUCAGACAUUUAAAAAAUAAAUGAAGUGAUAUUAAUUUAAAGAAGAAAAAAUAUUAAGUACAUUCUCACAGAAUUCAAAGAUAAAAGAUGCAGUAGUAGUCUUCCAUUUGUUGUUUUAAAUAUCUUCCUAACUUAAUCUGUAUUUAUAAGUAAAUUUGGUGGGUGGGUGGGUGUGUACAAAAUCAAUAAAUUGGAAUAUUGAUGCAAAGCAGUGCUCUAGAACAGAAGGUUUUGUGAGUUCAUAUUAUGCUGCUCCAAUAUUCAAUAGAUCUAUAGGUCUAUAUGUUGGAGAGAUCCAUCUAUAUGUCAUGGCCACAUCUCUUUAGAGGAUGUUAAAUAGUAUGAAAACAUAUAACAUCUUUACCAUAUUUGUUAAAAUACCUCAUUUUAUACUUAAUAUUUUAAGAUAACUUACAUAAAACAUAGGAGUGUUAGGUUCUUUGGCUAGAACUGUGUGUAUGCUAGAAUAAAUUUGGCUGUUUUGUGAUUGUUUGUACACUAUUGGAGGUACUUUGAGGAAUGACAUAAUUCUUACAAGAAAAGGUCACGUGACAUUACAUAACAUUAGAUUGAUAAUGAAAAUGAGAUAUGUACCAGAUACAAAAUCUGUUUUGUUUACAGCUAGCUGUAUAUUGAUAGAAAGUAUUCUUAGCUUUUUUAACAUAAUAAAUAUUAGGGCUUUAUGUGUAAAACAGGUCAUUGUGACUUAUUUGUUAUAUAUAAAAGUACAAGUAAGUAAAUAAGUAAAUUUAAGUAAUUUAAAGUUUUGUGCAUUAAUACCAAACAUGAUGCCAUGGUACAUGUAGUAUAUUAUAUUAAAUAGAAUAUAUUGUACUAUAUUCGGGUAAGGGUCGCCUACUUUUAUACCUUGAACAAAUUUGUUGAAGUGAAUAGAAUAUUUAUUGAAAAUGUGUUCAAAACAGUGAAUGUCAGACCACCACUCUCACCUAUACGGACCUUAAAUAUUUGAUUUCACGAACACCCUGCAAACUGUAAUUUGUGAUCCAACUAAAAUGUUUAGCCUAAGCUUGUUUGCUUAAUGUACUUAACAAACUGUAAACUUAGUUGUUUUAAUAAUAUAGAUAUGAUAAAAUUCUUUGAUCUUGCUACAUGUACUAGUGUUAAAUUGGGCAAACAAUGGUGCUAGCUUUUGUCAUUAUUACUGAUGUCAAUAGUAUUGUUUUCUGUUUUAGUUUACCAUGUAAUUUUCAGUUGACUGCUCUCAUUGUAUGUAAAAGUCCAUUCCAGAAGAAUUAUUCAAGACAUUUUGAACAAAAUGUACACACUGCUUUUGAAUUAAAAAAUUUUGCAUAUUGAAGAAUUUACAUUUUGUGUAUACCUCAUUGCUAUAAUGUUGUUUAAUGCCACAGCUUCUUUCAUUGAUGCCACAUCUGCAAUACAAUUCUUACAAUUUCAUGAAUUAAAUAAUGUUUACAUUUUAGAAUUUUAUGAUCGCAGUAUUAAAGGAUGCAAACUGUCUAUUUGUAUUACUAAAGAAUAUAUUUAAAAGAAAAAAAAACCCAGACACAUUUCAUAUGUUGUAUAAUUUAACUAAAUAUAACCAAGUAAGUUCUUGGGGUGUAUGUAUGUUUAUUUUAACAUACAUUGUAUGACUGUCAGAUGUUUCGAAACUGAAUGUAUAUACAUUAAAGAAUAAAUGAUUUGAAUUACUUAUAACAUAAGCUUGAAAUCUGAUAGCAUUGUUUGCAGACCUGGCUACAUAUUCAUUUCUAUUUGAGAACAGCUGGUAAACUAAGGGACCAAAUUUUGAAUUGUAUACAUAAUAAUUAUGCUGAUGGCUUGUCAUCAAAAUGUUUUUAUACGGAUCAUGACAUGUUUGUCUCUAAUAGCACACUGACUGACUUGUUAAUGGAAAUAUUAUAAAUAAAACAAUAUUUAAGUAUAUAAUACA